UGAGCAGUGAUUGGAUUCUAGUCAUCUCACAGCGACGGAAGCGGAAAUGCCGGGGGGAAAUCAUAACUACCGUAAAACAGGAUGAAUUAUGCGCUCCAUUGGGUUCUGACGAGGGAAGUUACGAGCUACACUACCUCUGUGCUUAAUAUUAUUACCAACACAUUAACGUUUGCUGGAGGUCUGUGCUGUACCAGCAGCUUUGCGGUUGUGAACAGGAGGCUUAAGUCAAGAGUUCAACCGGGACUGUUUUUAGACAACAUGAGUACAACCCAACGGAAACGCCGCACCACAAACUCAUCCACCACGAGACGCACUACCAGCAAGAGAAGCCGAGCCACAAACACGCCGUCCCGGAGGGUUGACAGUACCAUUCAGGACAACCGCAGGAUGAACAGUGAGGAUGUGGUGGACCUGACGUGUGAGGCUUCAGAGGCUGCUGUGGUCGACCUCACUAACAAUGACUCUGUGGUGCUUGUUGAUGAAGGUCCUCAGGUCAGGCAUGGGGAAAGCUGUGAGAGCUACAUUCUAAGCAGUGAUGAGGAGGAAGAGGUGAAUGUCAGCAGCAGUACAUCUUUCCUGUCUUCACUGGAGGCUAACAGCGCAGAGAGGGCCACUCCAGGAACCAUCAGCUGCCCAGUCUGCUUGGACACCUAUGGAGAGAUUGUGGGAAGUGGGAGGCUAGUGGUCUCCACCAGAUGUGGCCACCUGUUCUGCAGCCAGUGCCUCCGUGAUUCACUGGCCAAGUCUCAUGCCUGUCCCACCUGCAGGAAGAAGCUGACCCACAAGCAGUACCACCCUAUCUACAUAUGAGCCCAUGGCCAUGGCCUACUCACCACACCCCACCUAGAGCACACUGCAUCUGGGGUCCUCAGGCACUGUGGGCCUUCGGUUUUUAACUUUUGGUUAUUCCCUUCCCCGAUUCACACACUUAUUGCCUCUUUGCUCCUUAAAAAUUAAUUAAAGUUUUGACCCAGGCUGCAUUUAAUAGAAGCAAACAUGGGUCUUAAGGGUCCAGGCAGUGAAGUGCUGGGACGUCCUCUUGUAGCAUCCGGACAUUUAAAUUGUAUUUCGUAUAGCAUGUUCACUUAUUCAAAUGUUAUUGAAUGUUAUGUUAUUCACUCAGUUCUUGAUCCGAAGAUUAUUUGUAAUUUGUAUGUGUGAACAUAUUUUGCAGAACUAUUUGGGUUUUGUGUGGUGUGUGCUGAAUUUGAGCAUUGGUUUUUUAUUUUUUACUAAAACAAAUUGGUUAAAAACAAAUAAAUUUGGUAAUUUAUUUGAAUAUUUUCUGUAAUUUAUUGGAAGGUAACAUAAGAGUAUCCUAUGGUGGGACCUUUACUUUACUCAGUUGGCGCAAGGGAAAAACAGGUUUGAGAGCAUAAUGGCAGUGGUGUUAAUGUUUGGAGUUUUUUCCACACACUCACUCACAAUAAAAUCAACAUCAGAACAUGGUUACAGUUGAAGGACAAUUCUGUUCUUCUAUGAUCAGAUUUCACCCAAUUACUAGCUCAGAUGGAAAAGUCAGAGACAUCAGUUAUGUGCUUGGUGGCUACAUUUUUGUGUUUAUAACCUCCUGGUUAAUUUAAAAUGACUUCUAUUAUCAAUGCCUUGAUUUAUAAAAGGUUAUUUAAAAUAUUUUCUUUAGCAGUUUAUUUUUUUUCUCCUUGAUACUAUUUUCUCUUUCAUUUUUAUAGAACGUUACAUUGAGUAUGCAUACACAGCUCUUAGUUUCAAAGGUGCACUGGUUUAAAGGAACACAGGUUUCCACUUAUUAUAUUAUGUUUCUGUAUCCCCUGGAUUUAGUUUGAGGUGGGUUGAGCAUUAAUCCUGGACAUGAGCCUAGAGGAACCCACGUUACCCUCUAGUCGACAAACUGGAAUACAGACGGCCUUGCCUUCACAUCUGUAUAUAUUUGUGUUUUAAUUCUGUAUAUAAUGUUAUUAAAUUACAAUAAAUGUGUAAGGAAAACUUAACUGUA